UUUAUGUGACGUGCGUUUUCAGUUAGCGACUUUGUAUUGUGGCGUCAUCAGUCUGCGAAGCGGCAAGAAAUAAAUUAAGGAAACGUCUUUAAAGUACAAAAUUUGAUUAUAAUUGAGAAGACUGCAGAGCGUAUACAAGAGUGACAGUAAGGUUUCAUUUCCAGUUGCAGAAACUGUUGACUCCACCAUGGAAGUGACUCACUCAAUCAGAGAGCGAACCAUCACUGAAAACAGCCUGGUGGUGUUGCUCCAAGGCAUUCACGGCCACGUCACCACGGUGGACCUGCGGGAUGAAAGCAUGGCCAAGGGUCGCAUUGUCAAUGUGGAUGCCUUCAUGAACAUCCGCCUGGCCGAGGUUGUGUACACGGACCGGUAUGGUAGAGCCACCCAUUUGGCUGACUUCUUUGUCACUGGUAGGAAUGUAAGGUAUGUUCACAUCCCUGAUGAAGUGAACAUCAUCAAGACCAUUGAGAGCCAGCUGCAGAAGAUCCACAGAGUGAGGAACUUUGGAGGAGAAGGGCAAGGGAGAAAGGAAUACCUCAAGUAUAAAAAGUGACAUUUAUUACGCCUCUGCCCACAAGAAAGAUCGUCCUCCAGUGUGUUGCUGUAUAAAGACUUCCCAAGUCAUGACAAAACACUGCUAUGUUGCUACUACAGAACAGACACCUGGUGUAAACCUUAAUAAAUAGGUAAGACAG